CUUAUUAACAAGCAAUUACAAAAUGUUUUCUUGGUAAACAAAGCCGGUCUUUGCCCAAUCAGAUCCGGCAGAUUCAUCCGGGUGUUUUAGUUGUUAAAGUUGUUCGUUACGUUAAUUUUUUACUGAAUUAUAUUUUAAAUCCACCAUAUUGUCAUUAUAUUGUUGUUUUAUCAACAAUUAUGCUUAAUUUUUAUUCAUUAAAUAAAAAAGGUCAAACCCAUAUUUACAGCGAAUAAACCCCAAAAUGGCGGACGGCGUGAAAGCAGGAAGAUCAGCACUACAUUUCCCAGAAUGCCGCGCGGUGUGUUUCGGCUCUGUCGCUAAUCGCAUCAAGGUGAGGAUGGAAGUGUGAGUCAGAGGCUUGAUGAGGAUCUUCAGAGCGCGUGACUGAUCUGCGUGAUUCCCGCUUCUCUCAGCACCGGGGCAGAAGCUCAGGAAGAUGGAGAUAACCACCAUCAUAGACGCGCUGGAGACCCGCGAGCAGGAGGCGGCACUGCGCGCGCUGCAGGUCUACAACAAGGAGAAGAAUCAGUGUUUCACAUUUCCCACAGAGGAACAGAAGAACAGAGAGCGUCUGGGCGAGCUUCUGCUGUCCUUCCUGGACCGAGACGUUCAGCCGUCGUGUAAGUUGGCGUGUUUGGAGACGAUCCGCAUCCUGACGCGUGAUAAAAGCAGCCUGGCUCCGUUCUCGUGCCGCGGCUCGAUCCACACUCUCGCCCUGCACGCGGCUCUGGCCCCCGGAGAGGGACGGGGCCCGCACGUCUCCGACCCCGAUGUGAUUGUGGAGGCGCUGAAGUGUCUCUGUAACAUCAUCCUGAACAGCGCAGAGGCACAGGAAGCCGCCGCUCACCUGGGCCUCGUGGUGGGCGUGGCCAAGCGUCUGAAGCAGUGCCGCGAGUCUCAGUGGAGCUCGGACGUGCGUUUCUUCGACCUGCGGCUGGCGUUCCUGCUCACGGCGCUGCGCGUAGACGUGAGAUCUCGGCUGGCGCGCGAGCUCAGGGGCGCUCGGAUUCUGGCCGACGCCCUCGACGCCACGCUCGGCCUGCGCUGGACCGACAUCUAUGAGGUUUCCCGCUCUGGAGCUCAGGGGCCCAACGAUCUCCCGCCGCUCGGAAGGAGCGAGACGGAGCGAGCCAUGGAGAUCCUGAAGAUCCUCUUUAACAUCACCUACGAUACGGGACGCCGCAAAGUGGAUGAGGAGGAGGCAGCCACGUACAGACACCUGGGAGCGAUACUGAGACACUGUUUAAUGAGUACAGCAGAAGGAGAGGAACGCACAGAUGAGUUCCACAGUCACACAGUGAAUCUGUUAGGAAAUCUCCCCCUGCUGUGUUUAGACGUGUUGUUGAUGCCCAGAGUGCAGCUCGGCUCCAUCGAGUACAUGGGAGUGAACAUGGACGCUGUCAACAAACUGCUGCACUUCAUGGAGAAAAUACUGGACAGAGGGAAUAAGUUGAAGGAGACGUUGUUGCCGUGUCUCAACCUGCUGACGGAGAGCGCUCGCAUCCACCGGGAGACUCGAAAAUUCCUACGACUGAAAGUUCUCCCUCCGCUGCGUGAUGUGAAGAACAAACCCGAGGUGGGGAACGCUCUGAGGAACAAACUGGUGCGUCUGAUGACUCACAUCGACACAGACGUGAAAACGUGCGUCGCCGAGUUCCUCUUCGUGUUGUGUAAAGAGAGCGUGUCACGCUUCAUUAAGUACACAGGUUAUGGGAACGCUGCAGGUCUGCUGGCAGCUCGGGGGCUGAUGAGGGGCGGCUGGGAGCCGGGGCAUUACUCUGAAGACGAGGACAGCGACACUGAGGAGUACCGGGAGGCCAAACCAAACAUUAACCCUGUGACGGGUCGAGUGGAGGAGGAGCAGCUGAACCCGAUGGAGGGAAUGACAGAGGAGCAGAAAGAGUACGAGGCAAUGAAGCUCGUCAGCAUGUUUGACAAACUCUCCAGGGAUCAUGUGAUCCAGCCCAUGAAGCUCGGCCCGGAUGGAAAAAUGACCAAACUGGAGCCCCAUGAGCUUCAGUGCCUCACACAGCAAGCGCUGAGCGGGCGAGAGAGGAACGAGGGAGACGAGGAGGAGGAGUGUGAGGAGAACUCAGACUGAUCACGCUCAGAGAGAUGGGAUCUGUUCACUCCUGCAGGAGGAAAUGAACCUGGUGUGAGGGUUUUUAUCACAACUUCUGUUGGAGAAAUCACACACACGUGUCAUUCUAUCCUUAUGAGGACCUUCAUAUAGUUAUAAACCUCACAAACACAGAACACACACCUUUCAGCUUUUACUGGGGUUUUCAUCAAGGUCAGAACUUUAUUUUCUUAGUGUCCUCACCUCAAGAUACACACACACACACACACACACACCGAGAUCAAUAAAAAAUAUCACCAAAA